UAAACUGCCUGCUUAGUGUGAAGAGGGGCGGAGGGAAAAGAAGAAUCUAAGGAAGCAGGAGCACGAGCAGCUUUUUCCCUUUCCUCUUACAAAAUUUCAACAAACAAAGCACUGAGCAUUAUCCUCGUGAUAGAGAGAGAAAUCCCACGCAAAACUAAGUUGUGCUAGAGAGAAGGGCUGAAGUGGGGGGUUGUGUUCGCCGGGCAAAAUGACCGCCGGUGGAUGUUCAGGAAGGUUGCCUACUUGGAAGGAGAGAGAGAAUAAUAAGAGAAGAGAGAGGAGGAGAAGAGCCAUAGCUGCUAAGAUUUAUGCAGGACUUAGAGCUCAGGGGAACUUUAAACUUCCUAAACAUUGUGAUAAUAAUGAAGUCUUGAAAGCUCUCUGCCUUGAGGCUGGCUGGAUCGUUGAAGAUGAUGGCACCACCUAUCGCAAGGGCUGCAAGCCACCCCCAUCAGAGAUUGCUGGCAUUCCAACAAAUAUCAGUGCAAGUUCUUCUGUUCAACCCAGUCCACAAUCCUCAAAUUUCCCAAGUCCGGUACCUUCCUACCAUGCCAGUCCAACAUCCUCCUCAUUUCCAAGCCCCAGUAGGUAUGAUGGAAACCCCUCCAAUUACCUCCUUCCUUUCCUUCGAAACAUAGCUUCAAUCCCCACGAACCUUCCUCCUCUUAGAAUAUCCAAUAGUGCUCCUGUAACCCCACCACUUUCUUCCCCAACUUCUAGAAGUUCAAAGAGGAAAGCUGAUUGGGAAUCCUUUUCAAAUGGCUCUCUGAAUUCUUUUCACCAUCCUCUUUUUGCUGUUUCUGCCCCUUCCAGCCCUACCCGACGCCAGCAUCUUGCACCAGCAACAAUACCAGAAUGUGAUGAGUCUGAUGCCUCUACUGUGGACUCUAGUCGCUGGGUAAGUUUUCAGGCAGCUGCUUCCCAGGUAGCUCCUCCUUCACCAACAUUUAAUCUUGUUAAACCAGUGGCUCAGCAGAGUGGUUUUCUGGAUGGAGUUGAUGGGCAUGGAGGAUUAGGCUGGGGGGCAGCAGCAGAGAGGGGGAGAGGAUCGGAGUUUGAAUUUGAGAAUGGGAGGGUGAAGCCAUGGGAGGGUGAGAGGAUUCACGAGAUAGGGGUGGAUGACCUUGAGCUCACACUUGGGUGUGCAAAGGCUCAUUAAGCUAAUAGAUAGUUAAUCUUUGGAAUGUAAGGACAAUGAAAAUAAUUGGAGUGAGUUGUGCAUUCUCAAUGGUAUAUUGCGAACCAUCUUAGCUAAUGGAAUGCCAAUGCUACGGGUUCACCUGAGACUUCUUUCAUUGCGUGGAAACCUUGAAUUCAUAUUUGAGUAUGAAUUCUGUGCAUCCUAUCUAUCCUUUUAGAUGUACAGUUUCUUCUUUUUGGAGCCAUUGCGGGUAUCUGCAUUUAUCUGAUUCCAUCGCUUAGCAAAAUUUCUGGCAGGAAGGCUAAGGUUCCCAAAUUUUCAUGUACGGAGAAAAGACUGGUGCAAGUAGGUAUGGAAGGCUGUAUUCUCCCUUCAUCUGUUUAGAUUCAGAGUUCUUUUUUUCUUCAAAUUUUCGUUGACUAUAGUGCCAUAUUUAAAUGUUAUUAGGGUGGCCUUUGGAAGCUUUUAAUAUCUAGCAUAUAGAUCGUGUAUUUCCCUUGUUAUUGAGCUGUUUCUUAUCCUCUGUAGACUUUGAAGAAACAUGACCUCAAAACCAUUUGAAGCUGAUAUUUGCCUUUUAAUUAGAUCGUCUUUUUGAUCAAA